AUGGCGUCUGACUCAAUUGUUCAAACAUUCCUACUCUUCAAGCAGAGUGAGCUUCAAAGUGUCGCCCAGAUCCCGAGGCAGGCAAUAUUACAGAAGACUUCAUCAGGUCCCGGUGCGUUCGGCCACGAUUCGGAGCACGAUCUCAGGCGGGUGACCAGGCGAGCAGCCCCCGCACUCACCCGGGAAGAGAUCGGUAUCAUAGUGGACAAGCAUAACGAGCUACGGAAGGGCGCCGACCCUCCUGCUUCAAACAUGGAAUAUAUGUCCUGGCACGAGGAACUAGCCGGGAUGGCCCAGCAGUGGUCCGAGAAGUGUACCUGGGAGCACGGGCAACCUCACAGGGACCGUCCACCAUUCAGCUGGGUGGGGCAGAACCUGUGGCUGGGGACGACGUGGACUCAGGGAUCGUCCAUUCGUGGUGCCAUACAGGCUUGGUUUAACGAAAUAUCAAACUACGAUUACGACAACGCCUCUUGUGCGCAUGACAAGGUUUGCGGCCACUACACACAGCUGAUGUGGGGGAAGUCUUACGCGAUUGGAUGUGGUUUGGCGUUCUGUUCUAAUGUGAGAGGCAGUAGUAUCACUAACGCCUACCUACUCACCUGUAACUAUGGACCAGGGGGGAACUAUCCAGGGAUAAAACCAUACGUCACAGGACAACCUUGUCAGACAUGCGCGUCAGAGAAGGGCUGGUGUAAGGACGGCCUCUGUGUUAACAUCUGCACAGAAGGAGACAUCGACUGUGGUUGCGUACUCCAGUGUCAGAAUGGCGGGAUUCUCAACGAAACCGACUGCUCCUGCGCAUGCCCAGACGGUUGGGACGGCACCAACUGUGAACUGCCGUGCCAGAACACGCACCCGUUGUGCUACUGUAACCCAGGCUGGUACGGACCGGCUGUGUGUCGCCACCUAGCGGCCGUCACGGAGGGCUGCAGGGAGAUGUGCGGGAAAUGCAAGUUUGCUAAUGUUGAGCAAGACGUCAACUGCAGAAUUUGUACCCAAGUCGAAGACCUACCAGAGUUCUGUACGGCUGCCAUGCCAAAAGCUUCACUUGACGGAAAGACAGACUCUAGACCACGGCCAGCUACAGCAACCAUUACAUCAACGAGUGCUGUUGGCAAGGCAGAAGCGACGCCUGGCGAAAGUACGGUGAGCAGCAGGCUGAGGCCAUCCACCGAGGCAGCCACGGCGCGACCACCACCUUGCGACGGGAUGUCAUGUGAAAAUGGAGGAAUCCUCAUGAAGAAAACCUGCAGAUGUCAGUGUACGGAGAACUACUACGGAGCAAUGUGCCAAAAAAGCAGAGUGGAGGUUAGAUUCGGCGUUAUCAUCAACAUCCGCAUGGCGGCGUCUCAGUGGUACAAGGCAAAGAGACUUCUAAAGAAGGCUGUGUCCCGGGUUAUCAACAAGUACUGUACAGUCAGAUUCAGCCUGUGCUGCCCAUACAGUCAGGAGAAGACAUCGCCUGCUCAGCUAGAAUUCGUCACCGAAGACGACAUCCACGUGGGGGCUGGCUACCCAGAAGUCACCCCUCCUCUACUCAAGGUCAUGCUUCUUGCCAAACCUCGCGAGAACAACGAGAUGUGCGGCAACUCUCGUACCAGGCGAGACUUGGCUUUUCUCGCGGUAUCAUCCGGCCCACCAAUCAGAAUUCGCCAUUCCGAUGACGUAGUUCUUGGUGAGUAA